UGUCGUGCUACAACCGAUCUGGAUGAUUAUCAACUGAAACCGAACGCUCCAUUUUAGAGUGGAGGUGUCCAUCUGAAGCAAAUUCUCAUAUCACGAGCGAAGAUGAUGCUCGAUUACGAUGACGGCGGCUUCUACGAGGAGGACAAAAUGGGUAUGACGGUGACAUCUGGCUCCGUCACCUUGAGAAAAGACGACAAUAAUCUCAUCGGGAUUUCCAUCGGUGGUGGAGCUCCCCUCUGUCAGUGCCUAUACGUGGUUCAGGUUUUCGACAAUACGCCCGCUGCGAAAGACGGCACACUCCAGAGCGGCGAUGAGAUCGUUGCUGUAUCCGGCAAAACUACGAAGGGCAAAACGAAGGUCGAGGUUGCCAAGAUGAUUCAAUCCGUGAAGUCCGAAGUCACCAUCAACUACAAUAAAUUACACGCGGACCCGAAGCAGGGGAAAACGCUCGACAUUGUUCUGAAGAAGGUCAAACAUAGAAUCGUGGACUCGAUGAACUCGUCGACCGCGGACGCCCUCGGACUGAGCCGCGCCAUACUCUGCAAUGACAGUCUCGUAAAGAAAAUGGACGAGCUUUUCCGUAACGAAUGCAUAUAUCGAGGUCUGAUGGAAUAUACGCAUCGCACUCUGAAGGCAUUUUUCGAGUUGUGUCAUAUAUACAAACAGUUCGGGGACGUGUUCGCGGAAAUAGGCGUCAGGGAACCGCAACCGAGAGCUUCGGAAGCCUUCACCGAGUUCGGGGAGGCGCAUCGUUCCAUCGAGAAGCACGGAAUCAAAUUGUUGAAAACAGUGAGACCCAUGUUGUCCGACCUGAAUACGUACCUCAACAAAGCGGUCCCUGAUACGAAACUCACCGUGAAAAAAUACGCCGACGCCAAAUUUGAAUAUCUUUCAUACUGUUUAAAAGUCAAGGAAAUGGACGACGAAGAAUACGCCUACCAGGCCCUCCAAGAGCCUCUAUAUCGAGUUGAAACAGGAAACUACGAGUAUCGUCUGAUACUACGGUGUCGGCAGGAAGCCAGAAUCCGCUUUGCCAAGCUUCGUGCCGACGUGCUCGUCAAGCUCGAACUGCUCGACCAGAAACACGUCCAGGACAUUGUGUUCCAAUUGCAGCGACUGGUCACAGCUCUGUCGCAGUAUCAUCAGGAUUGUCGUGAAGCACUGAAGGAAACCGCGAUUUUCCCCAUAGAGGUUGAUCUGUGUAAGAGCACAUUCCAGUACAAAGACCCUUCACAGCCCAGUCCGUAUCAGGAUGGCGAGGAGGGCGACUUCCGUACAAACGCUAACCAGGGGGACGAGGAUGAUGACGAGAUGCUGCAAGCGGUCGAUCUUCCGCCACCCAAUCUGACUCCCGGAGCAGCUCCGAAUCCAACCUCGAAUCUCGACAUUCUUUGCGAGCUGGAUAAUCCUCCCACACAGACCAAUGGCGAUUCACAGGAUUCAUCGUCGAAAUUACUGGAUUUAUUGGAUUGAAAGAAUGGCUACAAAGGAUACGUGCGAUUUCGCGUGCUGUGAUGACAAGAAUAUAUCUGACUG